AUCUAUCAAACUUAUUAAAAAAAAAGAGUAUUGGAGAUAUAUUUUAUAUUAAUGGUAUUUGUUUUCAUCGUUUAAUCGUUUUAAAAUGGACGAGUCAAAGACAGUUUGGAUUGGUAAUUUAUCAAAUAAAGUUACUGAAGAACUUCUUUUUGAGCUGUUCCUUCAAGUGGCUCCCUUGGAAAAAGUAAGAAUCCCAACAGAUAAAGAAGGCAGGCAGUCCAAUUUCGCUUUUGUUACCUUCAAGCAUGAACAAUCUGUAGAAUAUGCAGUAAGGCUAUUAAAUGGAAUUAAAAUGUAUGAUAAGAGUCUUAAUAUAAAACCUAAAAACCCAAGUGCCAUCACCCAAAACCAUUUCCCUGAAAGAAACUUUAGUCAUGAUAAUCAACAUAGUUAUAUGCACAAUCAGAACCAGUUUUAUAACAAUGAAAGAGACAACAGACAAAAUAGACAAAACUUUCGUGAUAGGGAUAAUUAUAGAGAUGAUAGACACAGGGAUAAUCCUUAUUCUAGGCAUGAUGAUAGGGAUUGGUAUGACCAUAAUAGACAGAAACAGCAUUACAAUGAGAGAAGAAACAACUUUGACAGUAGAGGAAAUAAUAGGCGAAACAAUAGCUCCGAUGGCCGAUAUUUUGCAAACCAAUAAUGCAGAAACCUAAUUUGGUAUAAAGCAGG